AGUUCUGCCUUUCAGUUCUACCAGUUCAGUUGAUUUUUGACUCAACCCGCUGCACACCAUGUCGCAUACGAGACGCGCACUUUUCUACGCUACUGUCGUUUGUAUUCUUCUCGCGGCACAGGCGCUGCCGCCUUGCGCACGUGACGAUGAGGAAUGUCGUGACAGUCGCAUGCAUCCGGACCUUGAAGAGCCCACCGGUCGUGUAUUUGCACGCAAAUUUGAUGGCGAUGACACCAACGAUUACUGGCGCAAUCAGGGUAAAGAGUUCAUCAAGGCUAAGCUCGCUGAAAAACGAAAUACUAACAAGGCAAAGAAUGUGAUUUUAUUCUUGGGCGAUGGCAUGGGCAUUACCACGCACUCCGCAGCACGAAACCUCAUCGGUGGUGAGGAGCAGUACUUCUCUUUCGAGAAGUUCCCAUUCACGGGUCUAUCGAAGACUUACGCAAUCGAUCGUAUUGUACCCGACUCUGCGAAUACCGCUACCGCCUACUUGUGCGGCGUGAAAGCCAUGAAGGGCACAAUUGGUGUGAGCGGUCAGGUAGAGCGCGAAGACUGUGAAGCUAUGUUGAAUACCAGCACUCACGUUUACUCGAUCGCCAAAUGGGCAAUGGAUGCCGGAAAGUCGGCUGGUGUUGUGACGACCACAAGAAUUACGCACGCUUCACCUGCGGGCGUCUAUGCUCACAUUGCCGAACGCGAUUGGGAAGAUGACAGCGAGGUGAAACAGUCCUGUGGCGCUAACACUAACGUAAAGGACAUAGCAUAUCAGCUAAUACACGGUGAAGUGGGCAGCAAGCUUUCACUUAUGAUGGGCGGUGGCAAGCGACAUUUCGUAGAUCCCAAACUUUAUGUGAACGGCACACGCAGCGAUGGGCUAAAUCUGAUCGAGCAAUACCAGCAGCUAAGCGCACAAAAUGCGUACGUUGAAUCGCGCGCUGAACUUAAUAACUUGAAUUUCACCAAUGUACAGCGUGUCUUGGGUAUUUUCGCUGAUAGCCACUUGAAAUAUCACUUGGAAACUGACGAAAACUCAGUGCAGCCCACACUGGAGGAGAUGACACGCAAAGCCAUUGAGUUCUUGAGUCGCAACGAGCAAGGCUACUUCAUUUUCAUCGAAGGUGGACGCAUCGAUACAGCGCAUCAUGACAAUAUGGCACGCAUUGCGCUCGAUGAGGUGGUCGAGUUCUCAAAAGCCAUACAGGCGGCACGCGAUUUGACCAACGAAGAGGACACCUUGAUUGUGGUAACAGCCGAUCAUUCGCAUUCAUUCAGCUAUUCCGGCUAUCCAUACCGUGGCAAUGACAUCUUUGCACGCACACCCGCAAAUCCCGUAGACAGAGUACCGUACUUGACUUUGAGCUACGCAAAUGGUCCAGGUUAUGAGACAUUCUAUGACGUCGUAAAUAAGGUGCGCCGCGAUCCAACAACUCUCAUAACAGGCGAUAUAUACGACGCGUUUCCUGCUACCGCACCACUUGACUCGGAGACGCAUGGUGGUGAUGAUGUUGCUGUAUUCGCUUCAGGUCCCUGGUCACACUUAUUUACUGGCACUUAUGAGCAAAACACCAUUCCACAUUUGAUGGCUUACGCCUCGUGCUUAUCAGACGGCCUAACCGCCUGUUCGAAUGCGGAAAAGUAGUCCACACACUUUUCAAUAGAAAUGGUCACAUUUUGAAUUAAAAUAAGAGAAUUAUUGUAUUUUUAAAAAAAUA